CCGGAGUGGGUGGGAGGAAGCGAAGUGCUGGGGGGAGGGAAAGAGCGCGAGGGGCGGGGAGGGGCAGCGCCGGGGCGGCGCGCUGAGAGCGGCGAGGCGGCGGGUGUGAGCAAGAGCCGUGGCCGCGGUGCCUGUCGCUGCGGUGCCGCUGUCCGCUGCGCCGCCUCCUGUCGGACCCCGAGGAGCCCCCGACCCGGCGGAGGAGUAGGGACUGGGGUAGCCGGCAUUGAGGGAGGAGCCGGGUCCGAGCUGCCGAACCCAGGACCCCCGGGCGUGGAGGUGGGGGGGCUGAGGCCCCCGAGGGGGCCCCGCCGCGAUGGGCAACCUGGAGAGCGCCGAGGGGGGCCCGGGCGAGCCCCCCUCUGUCUCGCUUCUGCCGCCGCCGGGCAAGAUGCCGAUGCCGGAGCCCUGUGAGCUGGAAGAGAGGUUCGCCUUGGUGCUGAGCUCCAUGAACCUGCCUCCCGACAAGGCGCGGCUCCUGCGGCAGUACGACAACGAGAAGAAGUGGGACCUCAUCUGUGACCAGGAACGAUUCCAGGUGAAGAAUCCUCCUCACACAUACAUCCAGAAACUCCAGAGCUUCUUGGACCCCAGUGUAACUCGGAAGAAAUUCAGGAGGAGAGUACAGGAGUCAACCAAAGUCUUGAGAGAGCUGGAGAUCUCACUGCGGACCAACCACAUUGGGUGGGUGCGGGAGUUUCUGAAUGAUGAAAACAAAGGCCUGGACGUGUUGGUGGAUUACCUAUCCUUUGCCCAGUGUUCUGUCAUGUUUGACUUUGAGGCUCUGGAGAGUGGUGACGAUGGCGCGUUUGACAAGCUCCGGUCCUGGAGCAGGUCUAUCGAGGACCUGCAGCCACCCAGCGCCCUGUCCGCCCCCUUCACCAACAGCCUCGCUCGCUCUGCGCGCCAGUCUGUGCUCCGGUACAGCACUCUCCCUGGGCGCAGGGCCCUGAAGAACUCCCGCCUGGUGAGCCAGAAGGAUGACGUCCACGUGUGUAUCCUCUGUCUCAGAGCUAUCAUGAACUACCAGUAUGGAUUCAACCUGGUCAUGUCCCACCCUCACGCUGUCAAUGAGAUUGCGCUCAGUCUCAACAACAAAAAUCCAAGGACCAAAGCCCUUGUCUUAGAGCUUCUGGCAGCUGUGUGUUUGGUACGAGGAGGUCAUGAAAUCAUUCUCGCUGCCUUUGACAAUUUCAAAGAGGUGUGCAAGGAGCUGCACCGCUUUGAGAAGCUGAUGGAAUAUUUCCGGAAUGAGGACAGCAACAUUGACUUCAUGGUGGCCUGCAUGCAGUUUAUCAACAUUGUGGUGCACUCGGUGGAAGACAUGAACUUCCGGGUCCAUCUGCAGUAUGAGUUCACCAAGCUGGGGCUGGAGGAGUUCCUGCAGAAGUCACGGCAUACAGAGAGUGAGAAGCUGCAGGUGCAGAUCCAGGCGUACCUGGACAACGUGUUCGACGUAGGGGGUUUGUUGGAGGAUGCCGAGACCAAGAAUGUGGCCCUGGAGAAGGUGGAAGAACUGGAGGAGCAUGUGUCCCAUCUCACAGAGAAGCUUCUGGACCUAGAGAAUGAAAACAUGAUGCGUGUGGCAGAGCUAGAGAAGCAACUGCUGCAGCGGGAGAAGGAACUUGAGAGCAUCAAGGAGACUUAUGAGAACACGAGCCACCAGGUACACACCCUGCGGCGGCUCAUUAAAGAGAAAGAGGAGGCCUUCCAGCACCGAUGCCACUUGGAGCCCAGUGCCCGGGGCCUGGAGUCUGUGGGCAGCGAGGCUCUGGCCCGAGUGGGCUCUGCAGAGCUGAAUGAGGGCGUGCCCCACUCCGACCUGGACCUCCUUGCUCUGGCCCCACCCCCUGAGGAGGCCCUACCUCUGCCUCCACCGCCAGCUCCUCCCUUGCCCCCGCCUCCUCCCCCGUUACCAGACAAGUGUCCCCCGGCCCCACCUCUCCCUGGCGCUGCCCCCUCUGUGGUGUUGACAGUAGGCCUGUCAGCCAUUCGCAUUAAGAAACCUAUCAAGACCAAGUUCCGGCUGCCCGUCUUCAACUGGACAGCCCUAAAACCCAACCAGAUCAGUGGCACUGUCUUCAGCGAACUUGAUGAUGAGAAGAUCUUGGAGGACCUGGACCUGGACAAGUUUGAAGAACUGUUCAAGACAAAAGCCCAGGGCCCUGCCCUCGAUCUCAUCUGCUCCAAGAACAAGACAGCACAAAAGGCUGCCAGCAAGGUGACCCUGUUGGAAGCCAAUCGUGCCAAGAACCUGGCCAUCACCCUACGCAAGGCUGGUCGCUCAGCUGAGGAGAUCUGCAGGGCCAUCCACACGUUCGACCUCCAGACCCUGCCCGUCGACUUCGUGGAGUGCCUGAUGCGCUUCCUGCCCACGGAGGCGGAGGUGAAGCUGCUGCGGCAGUAUGAGCGCGAACGGCAGCCGCUGGAGGAGCUGACGGCUGAGGACCGCUUCAUGCUGCUCUUCAGCAAGGUGGAGCGGCUGACCCAGCGGAUGGCUGGCAUGGCCUUCCUGGGCAACUUCCAGGACAACCUGCAGAUGCUCACGCCGCAACUCAACGCUAUCAUUGCCGCCUCUGCCUCUGUCAAGUCCUCCCAGAAGCUGAAGCAGAUGUUGGAGAUCAUACUUGCACUGGGGAACUACAUGAACAGCAGCAAGCGGGGAGCUGUGUAUGGCUUCAAGCUCCAGAGCCUGGAUCUGCUGCUGGACACCAAGUCCACCGACAGGAAGAUGACCCUGCUUCAUUUCAUCGCCCUGACGGUGAAGGAGAAGUACCCAGACCUGGCUAACUUUUGGCAUGAGCUGCACUUUGUAGAGAAAGCCGCUGCAGUGUCCCUGGAGAACGUGCUGCUGGACGUGAAGGAGCUGGGCCGGGGCAUGGAGCUGAUCCGGCGGGAAUGCAGCAUACACGACAACAGCGUCCUGCGCAACUUCCUCAGCACCAACGAAGGCAAACUGGACAAGCUCCAGCGUGACGCCAAGACGGCCGAGGAAGCCUACAAUGCCGUAGUACGCUACUUCGGUGAGAGUCCCAAGACCACACCUCCUUCGGUAUUCUUCCCAGUGUUUGUCCGAUUCAUUCGUUCUUACAAGGAAGCAGAACAAGAGAAUGAAGCCCGCAAGAAGCAGGAGGAGGUCAUGCGGGAGAAGCAGCUGGCUCAAGAAGCCAAGAAACUGGAUGCCAAGACCCCAUCCCAGCGGAACAAGUGGCAACAGCAGGAGCUGAUUGCAGAGUUGAGGCGGCGCCAAGCCAAAGAGCACCGGCCUGUUUAUGAGGGGAAGGAUGGUACCAUUGAGGACAUCAUCACAGGCCUCCACCACCAGCCCCUCGUCGUUCGCCAUCCAGCCAGGAGUGCUGCACCGCCCGCCGGCCCCCCUCGGGCUCCAGGCCCCCACUGAGACCCUCCUGGAAGCAGAAGCACUUCAACCCACGGAGUCCUGCAGGUCCAACCAGUGCACCUGAAGCCCUGGAACUGGCCAAGGGCCCAGCAGAGGGCUAUGCUGCUCUCAGUCCAUCCCAGCUCUCAGAGCUGCAUCUUGCCUGCCACCUCUGUGGGCACGACGUCUUUCAGGGCCUGGCACUUCCCUGGUGCCUCCAGUACUGCACUUUGCUCCCAAGGUCUUCAACUUCAUUUCCUCAAGAGCCAGCUCAGGGCUGGAUUAAAACCAUUUCCAGCUUUAAGCUAGGCCAUGGGCACCUAGGCCCGCCAUCACUAUAGAGCCAGAGGGAGGAGAGGAGAAAGCAAUUAUCCCUUCUUUUUUCCCCUUACUUUUUGAAUUCCAGUGGUCAGCUGUGAUCUAGGAGUGUCCAAGCUUAGACAGCCCUGGACCCUGCCAGCCUCAGAUCACCUUCUACCAGCAGCAAGGCUUUCCUAAGCCUGGGCCCCCCCAGCUGUGCCCUAGUGAUAAAGGGAGAGAAGUGAUCCCACGCUCCCUGCCCGUGGCCCUUUGCAGUCGAGGCUGACUCUGUCCUUGCCAUUGUGAGCAGAGGGGUCAUUUCCUCUUCCCCAACCUGGAGACAGCAAGAGAAAGGGUGUGCCAACAGCAUCCUCACUUUUCCCCAGCUAGGUUUUGCUGGCAGGGGGCAGGGUCAUGGUGGUCUCAGCUGUUUUCUCUACCCCCUGUCAGUUUCUUCUCAGUCCCUGAAGGGAACACAGGGGCCCACUCCUUUUUGUACAUGUACCACUUCCUUCUCUCUUGUACAUAAACCCCAAACCUUCUCUCAACAAAGGCUUGAAAUACCA